AUGUUUCAAGAGAAAUCGAAAGGUGCAAAGCUCACGCUUCUAGAACGGCCAUGGUUCAUCGUGGCUGCCCUAGCUGGUCUCUUAGGUGGCGCACUGCUCAUCACGAGUUUCAUCCGAGCUACGGACAACACUUUAUCACUAUGUUCCACGGCUAAGAACACGGCCGUGUCCAUAGCCGAAUACUCAGCCACCCCAAUCCAACUCCAAUCCAUCGUCCACUAUGCCACCUCACGCACCGUCCCUCAACAAUCCUUCGAAGAGAUCUCGAUCUCUUUAGAAGUCCUCAAGGACCGUUUUCCUUGCAAUUUCCUUGUCUUUGGCCUUGGACGCGACUCCCUCAUGUGGGCCUCCCUCAAUCCGCGAGGAACCACUGUGUUCCUUGAGGAAGAUCCCGAAUGGAUCGAGGCCGUCCUCACAGACGCACCGUCCCUCAGGGCCCACCAUGUUAAGUACCGGACCCAACUUUCUCAGGCCAACCGUCUUCUCUCAACCUACAAGUCCGAACCUAAGUGUUUACCGGCCAAUGCUUUCCCGAUCCGCUACAACGAAAAGUGUCCAUUAGCGUUGACUUCACUUCCUGAUGAGUUCUAUGAUACCGAGUGGGAUCUGAUCAUGGUGGACGCACCAAAAGGGUACUUCCCGACCGCGCCAGGGAGGAUGGCCGCGAUAUUCUCCGCAGCCGUCAUGGCACGUAACCGGAAGAGUGUAGGCACGACGCACGUUUUCCUUCAUGACGUUGACCGUAAAGUGGAGAAGGCUUACGCCAAUGAGUUCCUAUGUGAGAAGUACAAGGCCAAAUCCGCAGGUAGGCUCUGGCACUUCGAGAUACCCAACGCCGCUAACAUGACCGACCAGCCAGGGGACCGGUUUUGCUAA